AUGCUAAGGGAUGCAGUUGAUUCCCACUGCCCUUUAACCACUAAUUAUGAUGAUCUUGGUGAGAGCAGUGUGAAGGAAGGUAUUACAAGGGAUUUUGAUGAGCAGCGAGGGGAUUUAUCUUUACAUUGGUUGGAAGAGAUACUAGUUGGACCUUCCACAAUUGGCCAAUGGCUUAUACCUCAUCUUAUUGAUGAAAGGGAAUUGGUGGAUUAA